AUGCCGCAUCCCCGACGCCGGGAGCUUGCUGUUGGGAAGACCAUAUCGAUUCAAAUUGAGUUGAACGAAAUUGUUGAAGUGUGGCGUGGUGGCGAUUGGCAAUGUUUGAUUCCAUCUGAGAGCUUGGAGAUGAUCAGAAAACGGGAGGCGCACGUUCGCUCGUUUGUCAUCUCCAGCAAUCGUGGGAGCUAUGACAUUGAUCUGGAUUCCAUGACGCGGAAGGACCACCUAUCGGGUCGAACCCGCGCAAUCCGGUUCACGCACGUGGAGGGAUUGCAGGACUCAGGCAAUUGGGAUUUCGACAAAUGCAAGGAUUUCUUUACCGACAUGGCUUCGGGCAACGCGGAAUCAGAACCAUUGUUGACACAAGAUGAUUUAUUGUGCAAAUGGCCUGGUGCAGUUAUGGAUGGUGAUUUGCUCGGUGAAACCGUCCGCGAAGUCAUGCGGUCAGCAUCACUACGGGACUUGGCGGGCUUGACCAAGGAGGAAUGGGUGAAUUACUGGGCACUCCAAGUGGGAGAGCCUUCGGCUGCUUCGGUUGCAGAGCUGACCGAGCGUUUGCGGGUGGUGUUGCAAUACGAUUCGAAGGUGUUGGAACGAUUGCAAGCCAUCUUUGAAGCCUUUGCCACGGCAAUACUUGGGCGCAACAGCCUGGCACUACCGAUCGAUGGUUUGCUGGAGGCCUGUCGCACAAUGGAGGCAUUCCCAGACCAUGUCAUGGAAAAGUUCUGGGCGCAAGACAUAUUGCGUCAGCACGAUGAAGGCAAGCUGGCUUUGGAAGAGGAUGAGGAGCUGAACUAUCAUGAUUUUAUGAGCGUCAUGCUGGGUCGCAAGCGACAAAAGGUUUACUUGCUGAUGUAUGACAUCACUGAUGGCAGGGCGAGCUUUUGGUCCUGGCUAUUGGGGCCGCACUUUCGCGCUUUUUGGCACACAGGUGUCAUGGUCGAAUUUGCCGACAAGCCAGGAGAAUUCUGGUUUGGAGGGAAGGUCUUCCUAUCUACUCCAUGCACCACGCCAUUCGGAGAGCCGGUCGAGAAAAGAUUCAUGGGUUACACCUACAGAAGCCGCGAGGAAGUCAUCCAUCACAUCGGCGUCAACUUUGCGCAUGAGUUUCACAAGGACUCUUAUGAUGCCUUGACCCACAACUGCAACCAUUUCAGUGACAAGCUGAUGAUGUACCUGGCCAAUGAGCAUGUCCCAGAAGAGAUUCUCAAGCAGCCGGAACUAAUUCUGAAUUCACCUGCUGUUCAGCUGGCUCGGCCUUUCUUGAACAGGCGCUUCUUUGUGCAGGGGUCCUGA